AUGGACAUUUCAGGUCCCAGAUAUAUUCACGUGGAUGCAAACGACACCUCCUUAACGAUCCAACUCAAGCAUUCUGGUUCCCUUAUGACGCUGAUGGAAACAGAUUCUCUCUUUGAUAGGAUAAAGUCGGCCGAAACGAUAUGGUACACGCCUCUCGAGACCAAGGAGUUGCUUGAAACAUUUGCUAAGCAAACAAUUGAUUCAUCAAUUGAUGAGGUUGAGUUCAGCAUGCCGCCGAUCCAUGCUGAAGAUGGCAUUCGGAACUCAUCUCCAGGGGUACUUGCUCAAGGAUAUGAUGCCAUUGCUGAAGCACAGGAUGUCCUAUUAGAAAGCCUCAGUAGUCACGUCCGGGCUGUUGUCGCAACUUUAGGAGGGCAGCAGGGUGCUGCCCGAAGAGCUGAUAAAUGGCAGCACCUUUAUGCGGGAUUUACUGUAUGGUUGUCUACAACUGAAGCAACAGAUGAAGACUCGGCUAAGAAAGAGGCCAGAAGACACAUUGAAGAUGGGAGUCUAGGUUAUGCAAAUGCGGAUGUUGUUGUCAAGCUCGAAGGUUGGGAUGCCGAUUACUCCAAAACCGUGGCUCAAGCAUCUCUGAGGGCACUGAAACGAUUAGUUUUGUCAGAUAGGAAGCUCCCAGAUAAGAAGAGCCUGCACAUAAGGUUUGGGAUGCCGUGGAGAUUGGCCCAACAUCAAGCCCCAGGAUGGGAUUCGUUGACUGCUGAUGAUUCUAUAACGUCUCCAGAUACAUUGUGAGAAAAUUCAAGUUGCCAGCACAUUAGAGAACGAGGUAGAUGAAGAGCAAGGGCAAACAGAGAUGUCAUCAUCGACUUAGUGAUAUCUAAAUAGUCAAUUCAUUUUACUAAAGCUGCUUUCUCUCUUUCCCCGCUUUUGCUUUUGUUCCUUCUUUUUUGUUAGCGAUAAUCAUGAACAGGUCAAUGGUCCAUCCCAUCUAUGCUUACAAACUAAGU